UGGCAUCAUUCUCUUUAAUUUUAGAAGUCAAACGUGCUUGUUCUCUCGGAGCUAAGGCCACUUGGCGACUUGCACUAAAUAUCAACAAAAAUGGCAUCAAAGGCUGAAUUAGCUUGUGUAUACUCUGCUCUCAUCCUCGUUGACGACGAUGUCGCAGUUACCGGUGAGAAAAUCUCAACCAUCUUGAAGGCGGCUAACGUUGACAUCGAGCCAUACUGGCCAGGUUUGUUCGCCAAGGCUUUGGAGGGUGUGAACGUUCGUGACCUGAUCACUAACAUCGGUUCCGGUGUCGGUGCUGCCCCGGCCGGUGGAGCGCCAGCCGCAGCCUCAGCUGCUGCUGCGCCUGCCGCUGAAGCCGCCAAGGAGGAAAAGAAGGAAGAGGAACCCGAAGAGUCUGACGAUGACAUGGGCUUCGGUCUCUUUGACUAAAAAGCUUUUAACAAGCUUUGGUAUUCCAUAGUAAGCUUUAUAAAGCUCCUUUAGUUGUAAGGGAAACUUAAUAAAAAACAUAUAAAAACAGAAAAA